AAACAGUCCUUCAUAGGUCACUGAAGAGAGCAGCAGAGCUAUCAUGAUGGCCCUGCCCUUCCUGUCCUACGUCACCCUCUGUAUCAUCGGAUCUACCACCACCAUCUUCGCACUGCCGCCGACUGAGCCGCCACUGAUCCACGACCAUCCCUUUGUGGCCAUAUGGAAUGCCCCCACUGACCAGUGUCAACUGCUCGACAUCCCACUGGACACGGCAGCCUUCCAGGCUGUGACUACCCCUGCUGCGGUGUCUGGGCAGUUCCUAACCAUCUUCUACGAAGACCGCCUCGGCCUGUACCCUAAGGUCGACAUCAGCAAACGCAAGCGCUACAGAGGCGGAGUACCCCAAAAUGGGAACCUGACGGAGCAUCUGGCCAAGGCCCGUGGUCAAAUUCAUCACUUCAUCUCCCAGGAUUCCUCUCCUGGGCUGGCUGUCAUCGACUGGGAGUCCUGGCGCCCCCUAUGGGACCAGAACUGGGGAUCUAAACGUAUUUAUCAGAAGUUGUCGAUCACUCACGCCCUGCAGAUAGCCCCGUUUUUAUCAUCAAAGAAAGUUUCAAACCUGGCAAAAAACCAGUUCCAGCAGGCCGGCCAGCGCUUCAUGGAGAAGACCAUCAGCCUUGGCAUCGGAGAACGUCCAAGUCGCCGCUGGGGCUUCUAUCUGUUCCCUGAUUGCUUCAACUAUGGCUGGGACAAGCCUGGCUAUACGGGGAAGUGCUCCACCAAGACCCAGAAGCAGAACAACCAGAUGGUGUGGCUGUGGGAGCGAAGUACCGCCCUCUUCCCCUCCAUCUACCUCCACCAGACCUUGAGGAACUCCCCCAAGGCCAUGCUCUACGUCCGCAACCGUGUCCAGGAGGCGCUGAGGGUUGCCAUGUUGCCUAAACGUCUAUACACAAUGCCUGUCUACGUCUACUCCAGGCCACUGUACCGGGACCAGACCGAGAAGUUCCUGAGCCAGGCUGACUUGGUGAGCACCAUAGGAGAGUCUGCAGCUCUGGGGGCUUCAGGGGUCGUAAUGUGGGGAGGAACCAAAGACUACAACAACAAG